AUGGAACGACUAGGACAAUUCCCGUUAUGUGUGCCAUUGUUGCAAGGACUUCGACCGUCACUGCCGCCAUGGCUCCCUCUAGCACUUCCUUCAAUGCCGUCAUCACUACAAAACGUCCUUCCUCCACCAGCACAGCCAGCAACUGAUUCCCUCUCGGUGACCACGGCCACAGAGGAGGAUGUGUCCGUGAGGACAGAAGUAACCGAGGACACAGCGAGUGGCAGAAGUCCUACAGUAGAAGUAACGGCCUGUUCCACGUCUCCGAUCCAACGGACCGUCACUGAAGCGCUCUCACGGCCAGAUUCGGCUGAAUCCAGUAUUUUGAGUGAGUCCCCACUGAGCAGCAAUAAAAUGAAGAAACGUGUUCUAUGCGAGCGAUGCAACAAGUCAUUCUGCGACAAAGGAGCGCUAAAGAUCCAUACCAGUGCUGUUCACCUUAAGGAGAUGCAUAUGUGUACGAUACCCGGAUGUGGUAAGGAGUUCAGCAGCAGACGAAGCCGAAACCGCCAUUCGGCUAACACCAAUCCGAAAUUGCACAUGCCCGAAGCGGCACAGACUUUUCGGGACCAAGUUGGUAUCAAUGCCGCCGCACUCACAAUGGCAGCAGCGGUUUGUCUUCGGUUGUCUUAG